UUCUAGUUGCAAAAAUGGCGUCUGGCGGCGGGGUGGUAGAGUGGCACCUAAGACCACAAGUACCUAAGAACCCUGUUGUCUUUUUUGAUGUAACUAUCGGCAACAUUCCUGCUGGUCGCAUCAAGAUGGAGCUUUUCGCCGAUAUCACUCCCAAAACUGCUGAAAAUUUCAGGCAACUAUGCACAGGAGAGUUCAGGAAAGCAGGAGUGCCACAAGGUUUCAAGAAUUGUCAGUUCCAUAGGGUGAUUAAAGACUUCAUGAUCCAAGGUGGUGAUUUCCUAAAGGGAGAUGGUAGUGGAUGUGUUUCCAUAUAUGGAAGCAAGUUUGAUGAUGAAAACUUUAUCGCCAAGCACACUGGUCCUGGCCUAUUAUCAAUGGCAAAUAGCGGACCAAACACUAAUGGAUGUCAGUUUUUCCUCACAUGUGCAAAGUGCGACUGGCUUGACAACAAGCAUGUUGUUUUUGGGCGUGUUCUUGGAGAUGGUCUUUUAGUGAUGAGGAAGAUUGAGAAUGUGGCUGUCGGAGCUAACAACAAACCAAAGCUGGCAUGCGUGAUUGCUGAGUGUGGGGAGAUGUAACUGGUAAAAAUAAAUGUACUCAUAGUGAUUGGUCUAUGGAUAGGAUACUAAAGGUGAACAAACCAAAGCUGGCAUGCGUGAUUACUGAAUGUGGGGAGAUGUAACUGCUAAAAAUAAAUGUACUCAUAGUGAUUGGUCUAUGGAUAGGAUACUAAAGGUUUCAGUACAUUUAAACACCCAUCUGUACCUGGUUAUAUUUCCUUGGCAUAGUCUAGAGGCCUGUUGAGUUUAUUCAUGCAGCAGCGCUAUAGCCUA